AUGAAGCAGAAGCUGGAUGAAGAGGGUAACAAGUGCAGUAUCCUUUCCAAGCAUCAGAAGUUUAAUGAGCAUUGUUGCAUUCGCUGCUGCUCCCCUUUCACUUUUCUCAUCAAUAGCAAGCGGCAGUGCCAAGACUGCAAGUAUAAUAUCUGCAAGAACUGCUGCUCCUAUCAGAAGAAGGAGAAGGCUUGGAUCUGCCGUGUCUGUCAGCAGGCAAGACUCCUAAGGACCCAGUCCCUGGAAUGGUUUUAUAAUAAUGUAAAAAGCCGCUUUAAACGUUUUGGCAGUGCUAAAGUCCUGAAGAAUUUAUACAGGAAACACAGACUGGAGAGUGGAGCCUGUUCUGACUUAAUAGAAGGAAGCUUUUUUGAAGGAAGCACAGAAAAUGAAGGAAGUGUUUGUGGCAGCGAUGCUACAUUCUACAGACAGUCUGAAGGACAUAGUAUGAUGGACACCCUUGCUGUGGCAUUACGAGUUGCAGAAGAAGCAGUAGAAGAAGCCAUUUCCAAGGCAGAUGCAUAUGGUGACAGCCUGGACAAACAGAAUGAGGCAUGUUAUUUACGAGAACACAAGGAGGAACUGAUAGAGGAACUUGCCACGACCAUAGUGCAGAAGAUCAUAAGAAAACAACAAAGCCAAGCUGUACAGGCUGAGGCUGCUUUUGAAUGGCCACAGUCCAGGAGUAGUGGACUGGUAUCUGCUGCUGUCUCAGAUCAGAGCAUGCUGACUUUCCCAGGGAGUCGCAGGGGAUCUUUUGCAUUAUGGAGAUCUCAGUCAGCAUUCUCAUUGACUAUGGAAGAUGCACCAAGCAAGGGCCUGGACCUCGCAUCUUCUAUGUCUGAGCUUCUUUGGAGACAUCAGAAAGGCCAAUCCAGGAGAAAGAAGGAACAUAAAAUGUCUGCAUUGCCCAGCUGGAAAAGUGUGGACAGGCUAAAUGAAAUAAGCCCGCCUCCUGUUUUACACAGCACCGAUGGAAAUUGGGUGGCUUUGCAAAAUGUCGCCUUGCCCCUCCCUCGAAUGCUUGCCAAACCAAAGAGCCAGGUGUUCAAAGCCUUGGAGAAUGAGUCUAGCGUUGUGUCUGCUUAUGAUGAGAUGGGCUCUGACAGCGAGGAUGACUACGACUGGAAUGUGGCCUUGAACAAGCUGCGCCAGAGACCAAGGCAGUUGUCGGAGGACUCGUAUUAUACUGAUUCCCAGUACAACACAGAAUGGGCUUAUGGCAAUGAUCAGCACCAACCAAUCACCUCCCCUUCCUCGGGACUGUGUACCAACACAGAGACUGUAUACUCUGACUCAGAAACAUCUUCAGUAAAUUCUUCCAGAGAAGCUGGAGGAUCUAGCCAGCUUCCUUGGCUGCAAAGGAGAACUCAAAGUGAGAAGUCCCAAGCUGAAAGAACCUAUUUGCACGGAGAACUCGAUGUAAAUUUCAAUCCACAGACAUCCAGUAUAGAGUAUUCAGACAGCAGUGAGGCUGAGGAAGUCCAGUAUGACUUAGAAAAGAGGUCUAGAAGGUGGAGAAAGAGCAAAGUUGUCUCAGAAGAACUGUGCGAAGGAAAGCAUCAUGGAAAAACUCACAAGAAUGUGAGCUCAAAUCAGGAUUUUGAAGAUUUAUCAGAAAGUGAUAUAAGCAGUGAAGAUCAACACGAUAAAAUCAAAGCAGACCUUAUGGAGGAAGAGCUUAAAUCCAGGUUAUUUGACCUAGCUGCUAAGAUGAAUGACAAGGAAACAUCUUCCGGUGAAGAACAGGAGUCAGAGCCUCAAACAGAAUCUGAGAACCUGAAGGAGAGUGUGUCAUCGGAAGAAAACAGCAAAAGCAUACAGGAUGAGCUGAAGAAGAAAUACUCUGCUGUGUCUCUCUGCAACAUAUCUACGGAGGUCCUAAAAGUCAUUAAUGCCACAGAGGAACUGAUAGCAGAAUCCACAGGCCCUGGUGAUCUGCCAGCAGACACUCAUGACAGAGGGAAAGAGGUGUUUCCAUUAGGUACAGACCCUGUCAAACUUGAUGAGCAGCUCACCACAUUGGAAGAAAAUGUAUACUUGACAGCAGGCACCGUGUAUGGGUUAGAGGGUCAGCUGACGGAGUUAGAGGAUGCAGCACGCAAAAUUAACAGUAUUACAGCAGAAUCUGAACUAGCUGAGCUGGAAGAUCAGGUAGCAACGGCGGCAGCACAGGUUCAUCAUGCAGAGCUUCAGAUUUCAGAUAUUGAAAGCAGAAUUUCAGCACUCACUUGUGCAGGACUGAAUGUGGCACCAUGUGUUCGCCUGGCAAGAAAACGGGAGCAAAAACAAAUGAACCAGAUGCACACAAUAGACACAUCAAGACAGCAAAGGAGAAAGCUUCCAGCUCCACCAGUAAAAGGUGAAAAAACUGAUGAGACUCCAGUUACUACUACUACUACUAAUACUACUACUACUACUACUAGAACAUUUAACAGAAACUUCAUGCUCCGAGGAUCUCUAACACAAAGAACUAAAGAGAGAAAAAGCACUGCCAAGGACCCAAUGAAACCAACUAUAGGAGCUGUUGUUAUGUACUAGAAUUACAAACUCUACUGCCAAUAACACACUGCCUAAGGCUGUACACUUGAGUGCCUUUACCUAACAGCCAUUGUAUAUGUCCAAUAGAAAAUGGACCCUUGAGAACCCACAAUGCCUCAGUAAUAGGGCUUUGUUUGGAUACCUCACUGAGAAAGCUGUCCAAGUCUUCAGCAUUGUGGUCUGCUAAUGGAAACUCUGCCUUAAAGUUCUCAUAAGACUGGAGAAAGGAUACUGAGUUUCAAAAGCAAGGCUCCACAUUUUAAGAUGCACUCCUCCCCCUCUCUCCCCCCAUCAAUUGUACUGAAGUAUAUUGUCUUUAAAAAUCCAGUAUGUUUUUGUACACUUAAUUCAACUGUAAUUGUUGGUCAAUAUUUCACAUGAAAGGAAAGGACAAAGCAAACCUGUGAUUCUUCUCUGCUGGCCUCUUAUUGUUCACAUAGAUAUCUCUCUUGUUGAGCAAUAAGAAAAAUUCCACAUGCAGUGUAGUGAACAUUUGUUUUGUAGAAGCUUGGAGGUGGGGGGGAAAUUGGUGUACCUGAUUCUGCUCCCCCGAGCUCAAAGGGAGCUAUAACAUCAAGUCAAAUGUUUCCAGGAUCAGCUUCAAUGUCUGAAGAGUCCCUAUAUGCUGAGAGCGCACCUUUGUCUGAGUUAUUGUUCUAACUCCAGAUCUGUGUGCUUUUCCUGUUGAGAGAGCAGUUUACAGUGGUGAUGGGCUGCCAUGUUUCACCAUGACACCAUAGUAGGUAACAUGCAUGCAGUGUAUCUAAGACUAAAUGUGUGGGGAUCGUUGUUCUGUCAUCUCAAUGCAUCUGAAAACUUGCAAAAUCAACACCUCUGCAUCUAUUAUACUGCUUGGAGUUGCCCCUGUUUGGAAGCAUCCCAAGUAUUUGUUAUGAUACGGUUGGCAUAGCUCAGCACUGAGCCCUGCCAGUUCUUUAACAGUACAAAAGUAGAGUAAAAUAAAGCUAGGAAUUAGGAACAGUUUCCAGAAAGUGCUUCCUGAAAUGUAUUUUUAAAAACCAAGAGAGUGAUUAUGAAAGGUCCUCAGAUCCAUGGCAGGGAGAAUGAGACCUAAGGAACCUUUCACCUCCCUUGCAUAUUGCAUGGAAGGCCCUUUCAGAAUGUCGGUCCUUUUGCUUUGGAGAACAUCAUGACUGCCGGUGCCAGUCCUUGUGUCCUGAAGGAUGUAGGGAGGCAAUGGGUUUAUGACUCCAUGCCGACUGCAGAGCAGGAUCAGUGAGUGCAACGGUGAUAAACUUCACCCCAGGAGGAAGUGCAGCUUGAGAUGUCCUUCACCUCUGUACCAAGGAGUUCUGGGAGGGAGAGCACCUCUUACAGCUCCACCUGGGACAAUACAUUUCUGUCCUUUGCCAAGCUUAGUAUGUAACAGGCAUUGUGGAGCCCGAAGGAGCAAUUAACCAUGUGCAUAUGGAAAUAAAUUUUGGACUGUGCAGUGAUUUAAGGGUCUACAAUGUUGAACACUUCAUGGCUGAUGCCAAACAUUUGGGCCAGGAUUUUCAGAUGCUUCAAGACAGAAGAGUAGCCUGGUUUUCAGAAGCAGUGAGUCCCUGCAGUUCCCAUCAGCUUCCUUAAGCACUAGGGAUGUUCAGCACUUCUGAAAAUUAAGCCAUUUUUCUUUAUGUGUCUAAACUUUGGGCAGCCACAUUGACAGUUUUGGGUUGUGGGCUGGAGAGAUGAACAAAACCUGGAAUUAAUCAGGUGUAACUGGAUGCCACCAGUCAGAUUUGAUGCUAAAUAGAAGAGAAAAAAAACAAAGAGCGUAUGAAAUGAGGACUAGUCAUGGUGCAGUUCCCAGUCUCCCAAGCUCAUUCAGCCCUGGGAAAGGUAAAUGAUUCCAGUUACAAACUUUCUUCCUAUAUGUGUAGUUUGUCCACCAGUGCAGUUAGAGCAUCACCUUUGAAAACAUUUGGCUCAUCCGGAAGUAUGACGUCAUUUCCCCAGCUGGUGUAAGUCAGCAUAGUUCCAUUAGCUUUAGUGGACCUAUACCAGCUGACGAGCUGGCUCACGAUGUUUAUUCUGGGCCAAAUGAGGCCUGCCCCUCGUCCCAGGCAAUGCUAAUUCUUUCCAAUUGGUUCACACAGGUAUGGGCAUCGUACUUAAUCCACUAAGGGUAAACUGUAUGUACCAGGCAGUGGAGGAGAUUAAAAAGCACAGGACACCUAAAGUAUUCUUCAUCUUUCGAUUUCUCUCCCCUCAACUGUUCUCCUAUCUAUGUACUAUACAUUCCCAGAUUUUUGUUUAUACCGGAAUGUGUGCUAUGAAACGUUACUAAUGGUGGUUGGUCUAACAUAUUCAUCUAAGAAUACUAUUAGCUAAUAUCGUAUAUGUAAUAUCAAUUCAGAAAUGACUAAUUUUAAUAGAUUAACUCUGGCUUCUGUUCUGUUAGUGUGAUUUAAAAAAACAAACAAACAGAGUUUGGAAUAAGAUGUUUUCCAUAAGAGGCAUGAAAAGCAACUACUGUUGUGUUACAAUGUUAAAAUAUUCAGUCUUCUUUAACACAAAAUGUGUACUGUGUAGGCAUUGCAAAAAAAACAAACAAACACAAAACCCUGCUAUAUGGCAUUUGAAUUUUUACAAAGGUUUACUUGUGCCAAAUAUGUGCAAAGGUUUAAUUUACUGUUUUAAAAAACAAAAAUCAUAAAAGCAUAUGUUAUAGCACACAAAGAAUUAUUUUGUCAUCCAGUGAUUUCAAUCUUUAGUGUUAAUAUUUAUAUUUAGAUUAAUUUUUAUAAUGAAAAUAUUUUAAUGGUUAAAAUGAAGACUAUAUGAUGAUCUAUUUGAUUAAGUCUGAGUGAAUAUUCAGCUUGCCUUGUUGUUGUUUGCAUAUUCACCAAGAAUUAUUGUCAAAGGACAUGAUAAAAAGAGUAAAAGUAAUUUAUGAAAAAGAA